AUCAUCGUCCAUCGCUGCGACCUGCGACCUCGGAACCAACCUUUCCGCCACUCUCUCUCGCGACACCGACCGACCUGACGACGUCGCACUCGCACAGCCACCACCCCACCAUGGCGGCGCCGAGGCUGGAGCGCGGCGGGUUCCAGCUCCCGAACACCGAGCAGGAGAACUCCCUCUUCCUCCGCGCGCUCAUCUCCGUCGUGUCCGGGGACACCGCCGCGUUGCUCCCGGAAGCGGCGGCCGUAGAGGCUCCCGCGGCCCCCGUGGCGUGCGCCAGGUGCGGCGCGGACGGGUGCGCGGCGGCCGGCUGCUGCGAGCUCGUCGCCGGGUCCAGCAGCGACAGCGACGACGCAGGGUGCUCCGGGACCCGCGCCAACGGCGGCGGCCUAGGCCUAGGCCUAGGCGCGAGCAAGCGGAGAGGGAGGGGGAGGAAGGUGAUCCAGUACAGGGGCGUGCGGCGGCGGCCGUGGGGCAAGUGGGCGGCGGAGAUCCGCGACCCGCGCCGCGCCGCGCGCAAGUGGCUCGGCACGUUCGACACCGCCGAGGACGCCGCGCGCGCCUACGACGUCGCCGCGGUCGAGCUCCGGGGCCAGCGAGCCAAGCUCAACUUCCCGGCGCGCGCUGCCGCCGCGGCGCCGGCGGCAGUGCAGCCUCCGCACCACCGUCCAUUGCCCGAUCGGAGCCUCCGCGAGAACUGCGGAUCCAACGCCGCGUCGCCGGUGCACGUGGCGCUGGCGCCGACCACGCAACAGAAUAUCUGGGAGGGCUUGAACGAGAUCAUGAUGAUGGAGGAGGAACGCAGCUUCUGGUCUAUGCGAUGAUCCUGCCUGCACCUUCGCCCAUGCAUCCAUCUCCGUAUCUUCUCUUGUUUAAUGCUUUUAUUCUAUCCUACUCUAUUUCAUGAUUAUUAGAGUCCAUUGAUUGCCUUUUAGGGAAGGGAUUCCAUACGAUCUCCAUCUGAAAAGAGAACACUUAUUAGCUUCACAAGAUUGCUUGGCAUGCAGACGUACGUAAAGUGAGUUUAGGAAGCAAUGGUGCCACCAGCCGACUGUACUGUAAAUCACUGUUUCUGUAACUCGUUAGUCACCAUCGCUUUCA